AGAGGCGGGCCGGGGCGGGCCGCGCGCAGCAUGGCGGAAGCGGAAGGGAGUUCUCCGCUCCUGCUCCUGUCGCCGCCGCCACCCCCGCCCGAGAUGGCGGAAGUGGAGGUGUCGACGGCGGCCGAGACGGACAUGAAGCAGUACCACGGUUCGAGCGGCGUCGCCAUGGACGUGGAGCGGAGCCGCUUCCCUUACUGCGUAGUGUGGACGCCCAUCCCGGUGCUCACGUGGUUUUUCCCCAUCAUUGGCCACAUGGGCAUCUGCACAUCCACAGGAGUCAUCCGGGACUUUGCUGGCCCCUACUUUGUCUCGGAAGACAACAUGGCCUUUGGAAAGCCUGCCAAGUACUGGAAGUUGGACCCCACUCAGGUCUACACCAGCGGGCCCAACGCGUGGGACACAGCCGUGCAUGAUGCCUCUGAGGAGUACAAGCACCGCAUGCACAAUCUCUGCUGUGACAACUGCCACUCCCACGUGGCCCUGGCCCUGAACCUGAUGCGCUACAACAACAGCACCAGCUGGAACAUGGUGACGCUCUGCUUCUUCUGCCUGCUCUAUGGAAAGUAUGUCAGUGUCGGGGCCUUUGUAAAGACCUGGCUGCCCUUUCUGCUCCUCCUGGGCAUCGUCCUGACAUUCAGCCUGGCCUUCAACCUGCGGUGAUGGCUGCCAGAGGCCCGGAGCCAACCAUACCCUCAAGAAGGCAGCUGCUACCUUUUUAGGUUCAAAUUCAUCGCCCUCCUCAUUCCUCAUCAACAGCAGAGUUGACCUGCUGUUUCAGACCCAGUGGCCUGGGCUGGGGGUUGGAAGGGUUGAGGGGGAGCAUGGGAUGGGAUGGGUGUUUGCUGGUCCUGCUACCUACGAGCUCCCUGUGCCCCCUACCCUGUGGCACCCUCUUGGUUCCUGUGUUAGAAAGUCCUCAGCCACCUCUGUAGAGCUUCUCCUACCCCUGCCUACAGGGUCAGCCCAGUGCCAGGUCUGGGGACAUUUGGCCCAUGUUCAGGGCAGGACAGGGACUGUUUGGGAGCCAGAUUUGGAGUUGUCCCUCUGCCACUAGCUCCGGGAUGGGGUGGGUUAGGGCCACUCAGCUGCCCUGGAGCCUUGGCCAGGGGCCUCAGGAAUGGCCAAGGGGCGGGCUGGGCCCUCCCUGGGCACCUGCCAGCAGCUGCCCUUGGGGUUUUUUGAGCCCCACCUGCCAAUAUCCACCAGCUCCUACAGCCACUUCCCCCUCUCCUGGGACCUCCCAGCCCUCGGGCCCAGUCUCCCCUGCUUUGGGGAGCCUAGCUGGUGUGGGGAGCAGAGCUGGCUUGUAUAGAGUGGUCCCCUAUAGAUGAAGCCCAGUUGUAGGCUUCAUAUGGGGGUGGCAACCCUUAGGUCCAACAAGAUGGGUGGCCCAUCAGGGCAGGGGGCCAGCUCCUCAAAUCAGUGAGCCCUGUGCUGCUCGCCUCACCCCUGCUCUGUGGGUCCCUUUGUAAGGGGCUCCUGAACAGGACAAUAAAGACUGUGACUCCG